AGGUUUUUCUUGACAAUAUGUACUCCAAUGGAGAACGAAAUUUUUGGCUUUUAGGUGACAGUGGAUAUCCUCAAUUACCUUAUUUAAUGACUCCUAUUCCGGGAAACAAUCUCUCAGAUUCUGAACAUAAUUACAACAGACAUCACCGGAAAGCAAGAAACUGUGUAGAACGCUGCUUUGGAGUGCUGAAAUCCAGAUUUCGAUGCCUGUCAAAAGAUAGAGUGCUUAUGUAUGACCCAGUUUUAGCCGGAAAAAUUAUAAAUGCUUGUAUAAUUUUGCACAAUAUCAUGAUAUUAAAUAAUAUAAGGUAUGAAAUUGAGGAUGAUGAUAACAUAAGUUUUGAUGAAGAGUUUAAUUUAGUUGAUGAAAUAACUAGUACUCAUCAUGGUAUUGCUGCAAGACAACAAAUUGUAAAUAACUAUUUUAAUUACUGAGAUUUGUGGUUUGCUCACAUUUACAUGCAUGUACAAUGUACAUAUGUAUUUGUGAUGAGCUUAUUCAGUUAGUUACAUGUUUACCAGUUUUGUUUAUUAAGUCUAGCGCCUUAUAUAACCAGCAUCGUAUAAAUCCACAUUUCAUACUUUGUACAAAAAUUAAAAAAACCAAAGAGAUUUACCAAUUUCCCAAAAUAUUUAAAACUUUGCCUUGAUGUUAAAUAUUUUUUUGUUGACGGUGCCAGGUAUUUUCUUCUAUAUAAUAGACGUUUCGAACAUACUUUACGUGGAAGAAAAUACCUAGCACCGUCAGCAAAAAUAACAAUAUUAAAAAUUCUAGCGUUUUGAAACUUGCUAUUUGUCCUACUAAAUUCAAUUUAAUUUGUAUUCAAUUUUUACAAACUUUCUACAAAGUGUGAAAUGUGGGUUUAUACUAUGCUUGUUAUAUAAUGCGCUAGACUUUAAUAAAAAAAUAAACAUUAUAAACAAUAUAAAAACAGGCAAAACUGGUCAAAAUGCAACUAACUUAAUUAGCUGACCACUAGGGUACAUCCUUUAAUUUAAGCAUUUAUUAUUAUUAUUAUUUUUUAAAUAAUUCAAUUAACGCUUACUCAAAUUUAAAAAACAAU